AUGGGGAUAAGGGUGGAGGUGAUUCUCGAAUCAUCUAAGGGUAUAUUGCAACUUAUUGAAAAUGAGAAACUUGCAUUUACCCCUGAGAAUUCCGACCUAACUCUACUUUGGGAUGUAAUUAACUGGCAGAAAUUCGAGAAAGCUAAGAAGAAUGCCAAAGUUAGGCUCACAUUUUCAAAGCGCUGUUCAUAUUUUAUAUCUAAUAACGGCAAUUUAGCUUCUGAAUUGGAGCUGUAUGAGAAUUUACAGAAAAAUGUGAUAAUCAUAGACUUUGAAAACAACCGCGAUGCACUAGAACAAUUGUGCAACGAAUUGUCAACUGCCGCUGUCUCUAAGCUGAAGGAAUUGCAGGAAGCCCCUAAAAUUGCGGAGAAAACUCUAGAAGAAAAUCUCAAGGGUAAUUUGGAAGAGGAGCCUAAUGAACACCUACUUGUGCUAUCGCAGGAAAAUGAGAUUAAAACAUUAUAUAACACCCUGGUUAGGGGGGUAAACAAUGCAUUGACUGCUGAUGAAUUCUGGAGAAAUCACCGUGAAGCGAUUACAAAGUACAAGCCCCAAAUCAUAGGACGGGACAAUGCUAGUUGCUUCAUGGCAUCACCCCCUUCAUUUAACGAUUCUAUUGGCUCAUCUGAAGUUUAUUAUACUGAAGAGAUGACAUCUGCACUACUAGAAGAAGAUGAGACCGUGCGAAAUAUCUACAAUCAUGUUGUAGGCACACGAAUGAUGAAGAAGGAGGAAUUUUGGAAACAAUUAUUCCAAUCGCACUAUAUUUACGAUUUACUUGGCAAAAAAUUUGAUGGCAAUAAAGUUUUGUACUAUGAGAUUCAGGGUAUACCUAUAAAUCCCACCAAUGAUAAUUUUGGUGAUCACUCGGAAGUUGAACUCAUAAGUAAACUCUCCUUUCCAGACAAAAAAUCCGACCGUAAUCCAUUCAAUAAAUUGUAUGAUUCUCUAUCCUAUAGAUUUGGCCCUCACAUGAAGUACAAAGAGCCCACAUACGAUUCAUUUGUCCUACGAUUCAACAGGCAUUCAUCGCGACUAAUUAAUGAACUAGACAAAACCCUUGCAACACAAACUGAACAAGAUGAAAUCAGCAAAGAAAGGAAGCGAAAUUUGGUCUUGGAAGCUUUACGAUUUGAUGAUUUAUUGCAAGAAAGUGUAAAACAAGUAAAUACGAUAAGCAAAGAGAAUCUGUUGGAAGAGCAUCACAUUAUGAAUGUUAAAAGAGAAAGUAAACCUCUAAUAGUUUCUUCGAUUAAACCAUUGAAUAUGGAUGCUAUGUACAGUACAGGGAAGAGGAUAUUCAUUGUCAAUACCAAAUCUUGCCAAACGGAUAAAACGCGCCUAAUUUCACUGGAAUAUGAUCCACCCACAGUGGAUAGAGUUAGGCAAAUUCAGUUGCAGUUGAUUCAAUUAUUGCAAGUUUUUUAUAAGACGCUGAUACAUCAAGAUGUUGAACGAAGGCGGCUACUAGUGGCUAUGAGAGAUAUUAAGCUCAAGCUAGAUCAAUCGCAGGAAAAAUCUCUAGCCGAUUAUGCAGGUGUGUCAAAAGCUCUGCAUGCCGGGUUGCUUGACCAGAUCAACACAGCAGAGUGCUAUGAUGUUAGGAUAAGGAACUUUAUAAACGCAAAACGAUCGUAA